ACCUGGAGAUGGAUAGCCAAGAAAAAGUCUGUCGAUCUUACGAGUCUGAUGUUCGCUGCAGAUGUUGCCGUAUAAUCAUACCAAUAGGGGAAGAGACAGAAUGUUCCAGAUGUAUGGAAGAGCACAACAGGAAACUAUUGCAGAUCAUCGGGGAUGAUCAUCACCUACUGUCAGUGGGACUGUUAGACUGUCUUCCAUAUCCAGGAGCAUUAAUGUGGUUUAUUAUCCUAGCACGCUCCAUCACCGGUGAAAUCACAGUAUCCCAGCCCUUCUUAACCAGUCAAUACGGGUACAUGCUCUGCGUGGAGCUAGUUGCUUUCAACUCUCCCGGGGACCGUCGCAUCUUCCUGCGUCCAAUCAUUCUGAAGGGGCCAUAUGAUGCAGUGAACUCAUGGCCAUUCAGGGAGUCAAUCACUUUUAAGAUCAUCAACCGCAGUAACCCAAGUGAGAACAAGGUCCUCACCUUCCAGACAGAUCAGGGAGGCAUAUCCAGACCCAAGAACGUGAUGAGAGUUGCUGCCACCGCUGGUGUUGAAUGUCCAGACAUUGGUCAGCUCAUGAGAGAUGGUUUCAUCGAGGAUGAUACAUUGAUCAUCGUGUGUGAGUGCCAUACAUCGGAUAUACCAAUACAGACGCGAGAAACAUUGCCGAUAUCGUGCGAUGUUACAAGUUAAAGGAGAAUGAAACCCUUGAAACCAGCUGAAUCCAUAUCAAAGAGAAAAAUCAAAGAAACAUAUUGUUGAAAGUUUGAGGAAGAUUGAAUGAAUAAUAAGAAAGUUAUGAGAAUUUGAAUAUUGAGAUCACUAGUGCCAUGUAGAUCCUCCCAUCGGCAAUGCGACCAAGAUCUGUGAUAUCACACACGUACAACUCCCUCAUUACUUUAGUACUUAUUUCACUUAUAUUCUCACUUUUAUAGAGUCUAUCACAAGGUGAGGUGUUCUCUUUUAUGAGAUGACAAGUACAGAGGUUUCACAACAUUAUAUCAUUGAUGAAUCAUUUGUCAUAUGAUUAGAAUGAGCAAAAAGAGAUGUUUUGGGGUAUAUUUUCAGUGUCCAAAUGGGAGAGUUGUACGUGUGUGACAUCACAGAUCUUGGUCGCAUUGCCAAUGGGAGGAUCUCCAUAGCAUUAGUGAUCUCGACAUUCAAAUGCUCACAACUCUUUUAUUG